AUGCCCAAACCCAAACCCAAGAAAUCCGACCAAAAGCCUCAACCCCAACCCCAAAUCCGCCAACCCCCCACCCCAAACUGGCCACCCCUGCGCCCCCUCCUCCCGCCAACAGACCUACAUCUCAACCCCCUCGUCCACGAUCAGAUCUACCUAAUUCGCAACUUCCUCCCCGCCAGCCUCUGCAAGACCUACGCCUCCUUCCUAUCAGCACUACCGCUAACGACCACACCGGGCCGGCCGAAGAAAGACGAAGCAGUCCGCGUGAAUGACCGGUUUCAGGUGGAAGAUGCGCGGUUUGCGGAGAACUUGUGGGGUGGGACUGCGUUGAGGGAAUUGGUGACGGAGAGGUUUGAUGAGGAUGAGGAUGUGGAUGGCUAUGGCGAGGAAGUUGGAAGUGAAGAAGAACAAGAAGGAAAAGAAGAGGACGAGAACGAGCAAGCCAAAGCGCACAAGCUACGCGAGACAUGGGGAGGCCAACCACUCGGUCUGAACCCCAAUAUUCGUAUCUACCGGUACUCGAAGGGCCAAUUCUUCGCUCAGCAUUACGACGAAUCCAACACCUUAACCUACCGCCCCGCCUCAACCUCCAAAUCCAUCCCCGCCCGCACAACCUGGACCCUCCUAAUCUACCUCACCACCUGCACCGGCGGCGAAACAGUCUUCUACCCGGACCCGACGCGCGAGACUCCUAAUCCGCCGCCGAUAGCGGUAGCCCCCGAAGUGGGCCUGGCGCUGUUGCAUCGGCACGGGGAUCGGUGCAUGGUGCAUGAGGGGCGGGAGGUGACGGGUGGAGAGAAGUGGGUGGUGCGGAGUGAUUUGGUUGUUGCGAGGUAG